AUGAAAUCUCAGUUCAGCUUUGAUUUCAAAGCUUUACAACUAAAGAUAACUGAUGCAUCUACGAAUCCUCACAUGGUAUAUAUAAAGGAACAUUUAGUGAGAGAUCAUACAGCAGACAAACCUUCGGGUCGUACAUUAUUUAUUGUGAAUGUACCACCAUAUGUUGACGAACAAAGCAUUACCAAUGCUUUCAAAGAAGCUGGAACUAUUCAAUCUGUCCACUUUUCUGAAAAACCUAACACAAUUAAUUCCAACACUGAAAAAUUUACAGUGGACCCAUGUAAGCCUUCUUUCAGAGUUUGUUACUUAGUAUUUAAAAAAGUCGCUUAUUUGCAGAAUGCUUUAAAAUUAAAGGAGCUACAACCAAUGAACUUAGAUGCACAUAUUGUUCUAGGAAUAAAUAAGUUCAUACAUGAGCAUAAUGAAUCAGUUUUUAAGCCCAUGGAACUUAAAAAUAGAAUUGAGAUAUUUAUGAAAAGGUGUGAUGAGAAAAUUAAGAAAGAAAUAGAGAAGGAAAAGCAAUUGGAACAAGAAGAUGAUGAAGGUUGGAUCACAGUUACCAAGAGAAGUAAGGUUCAAAGCUUUGCUCGUACUGAAAAAGUUGAAAACAAAAUAAUGGCUAAAGAGAAAAAAAGUAAAAAAAAGAAAGAAUUAACCAAUUUCUACACUUUUCAAAUAAGAGAGUCUAAAAUGAAACACAUUGUUUCAUUAAGACAGAAGUUUGAUGAAGAUAAAAAGAAGAUUGCACAAAUAAAACAAAGUAGAAGAUUUAAGCCAUUCUAA